UAUGCCGGCCCCUCGUGCGCUAGUCGUGCUGCUGCUCCGUAGGCUGGCUGUCUGUCAGACGCAGCCCUGCCUCUCCUCACCAUGAGCCUCGCAGGAAGGGUCUCCUGCUCCAUGCUCAACUGCUUCGGUGAAGAGGGGCCUCCCAGUCUGGAGUACAUCAAGGCUAAGGACCUGUUCCCCCAGAAGGAGCUGGUGAGGGAGGAUGACAGCCUUCAGGUGCCAUUCCCAGUUCUUCAGGGGGAAGGGGUGGAGUAUCUUGGCCAUGCUGAUGAAGCCAUCAUCGCCAUCUCUAACUACAGGCUUCACAUUAAGUUUAAGGACUCGGUCAUCAAUGUACCUCUAAGGCUCAUAGAGAGUGUGGAGAGCAGAGAUAUGUUCCAGCUACACAUCAUAUGCAAAGACUCUAAAGUUGUCCGAUGCCACUUUGCCACAUUCAAGCAGUGCCAGGAGUGGGUGAAGCAUCUGAACCGGGGCAUAGUGCGCCCCUCGCGGCUUGAAGACCUGUUUGCCUUGGCGUACCACGCUUGGUGUCUGGGAGGCAGUGCCGACGAUGAGGACCAGCACCUUCACCUGUGUCGCCCAGGGGAUCACGUCCGUCAAAGAAUGGAGAUGGAGGUCAAGAGGAUGGUUUUUGACACGCAGAAUGCCUGGAGAGUGUCGGACAUCAACUGCAAUUACAAGCUGUGCUCCAGCUACCCACAGAAGCUGCUGGUCCCAGUAUGGAUUACUGACAAGGAACUGGAGAGCGUGGCAUCCUUCAGGUCCUGGAAAAGGAUUCCUGUGGUGGUCUACAGGCACCAAAGGAACGGAGCGGUGAUAGCCCGUUGUAGCCAGCCUGAGAUCAGCUGGUGGGGGUGGAGGAACACCGAGGAUGAGUACCUGGUGACCUCCAUCGCCAAGGCGUGUCAGAUGGACCCCGGGAUGAGGAGUGCCUGUGGAGCACCACCAUGCCGAACGCGCGGGGAGGGCCUUGACUCAUCAGACAGUGACUUCGACUCGUCUCUGACAGGAGUCCCCGGCUCUGAUGAUGCUGUGCCCCAGAAGCUGCUGAUCUUGGAUGCCCGUUCCUAUACUGCUGCAGUGGCCAAUCGUGCCAAGGGCGGAGGCUGUGAGUGUGAAGAGUACUACCCCAAUUGUGAGGUGAUGUUCAUGGGCAUGGCCAACAUCCACGCCAUCAGGAACAGCUUCCAGGCCCUGAGAGCAGUCUGUAGCCAGAUCCCGGAUCCGGGAAACUGGCUUUCAGCGCUCGAGAGCACACGUUGGCUGCAGCACCUGUCUGUCAUGCUGAAGGCGGCCACUCUGGUGUGCUCUGCCGUGGAGAGGGAGGGUCGCCCUGUGCUCGUGCACUGUUCAGACGGGUGGGACCGCACCCCCCAAAUUGUGGCUCUCGCCAAGAUCUUAUUGGACCCCUUCUACAGGACAAUAGAGGGUUUUCAGGUGCUGGUGGAGACUGAGUGGUUGGACUUUGGCCAUAAGUUUGGGGACCGCUGCGGCCACCAGGAGAAUGCCGACGACGUGAGCGAGCAGUGUCCCGUCUUCCUUCAAUGGCUGGACUGUGUCCACCAGCUGCUCAAACAGUUCCCCUGCCUCUUCGAGUUCAACGAGGCCUUCCUGGUCAAGCUGGUGCAGCACACAUACUCGUGCCUGUACGGCACGUUCCUUUGUAACAACGCCCGCGAGAGGGAAGCACGGAACGUCUACAAACGCACAUGCUCUGUCUGGUCUUUGCUUCGCACAGGGAACAAAAACUUCCAGAACUUUCUCUACAUCCCCAGUCAUGACAUGGUGCUGCAGCCAGUGUGCCACACGCGAGCAUUACAGCUGUGGACAGCUGUCUACCUGCCCACCUCCUCCCCCUGCACAGCUGUAGAUGAUGCCAUGGAGCUCUACCUCUCCCCUAGCGCCACAGGAGACGAACUCACCUCUCGUUCCCUAGACAGACUUCCUAAGACCCGCUCCAUGGACAACCUGGUGUCAGCUUGUGAGAAUGGUGUGCCCCUCACACGAACGUCAAGUGAUCCCAACCUCAACAAGCACUGUUUGGAGGAUCGCCCGACCCUGGAGCCCACACCCACCAUGGGAGGAACUUAUCUAGAAACCCACGGGAAAAACACGCCCAACACUGAAUCGGACAGCAAUGACUUUGAAGUGGAACCGAAUAUUGAAAAUCCAAUUGCACCCCCAGAGGAAGGUUCGGGUGCAGAGGAAGAUACAAGAGAGGAGACCUGUCUCACCACACAGCCCUUGCCCUCCUUGCCCUUCACUGCUGUCCCACUCAAUAAGAAUGUCACACUCCCUCACCAUUCCUUCUCUUCUGCUAUCCUCCAACAAGCCUUGCCUCAGAUUAGCAGCCCUCCACUCCCAGCACCAACCCCUCCUCAGGAGGCUGAGGACUCCUCUAGGACUGCUGAGGCCACUGCUUCACCCACCCAUAAAUCAGAAGCAUGCUUACCUCUCCCCUGUAAUGGCACCAUACCUACAGCCAUUACACCCAUCAAGAUCCUGAACGGCCACAUGGGCGGCCAAGUGUACAGUCUCCCGGAAUCUGCAGACUUGCUGGCUCUCAAACAGCUGAGCCCACUACUUCCCAUGGAGGACUCCACUGAGACGCUCACCAGUGAGGGAGAACUCCCCCCAGUUUUGUCCUCUCGCGAGAUGAAGGAGUUUAGCCAGAGUGAGUUCCAAAACAGGGAGCAGCUUGAGCCUGAGCCUGAGCCCGAGCACCAGCCCCAAGCUCAGAGGGAGAAAGACGAGGUGAGGACGAACACGGUGAAAGGAAGAGAGCGUGAAACAACAAUGGCAGUACCUCCCAUGGACUGUGCCCAGGUAGCAGUUCCAUCUCGCCAUCUUAUAUCCCAGACUAAGCUCACCGACUUGUCCUUGCUGGGUUCCCAUUGGGAGAGUGUGCAAGGCCUGGUCCAGUCGGCUUGCACAAGUGCCAGCCACUCGGGCAUCUGCCGGGCCCUGCAACCCAAUGCCUACCAGAGCCGCCGGCUGGCCAACAAGCUGCUCCGCACCCAAGGUCUGGCAGUCACCAGUGCUGCCCAGUGCUGCCGCAGGGAAGCUGUACGUGGCCUCAGCAGCCCUGUGCAGUUUGGAUGGCUGUCUGCUGUCAAGAGCUCUGGCUACACCACCGCUUGCUGGCCCGCAGUGGCUGCCCCCAACUGCCACUCCACAGCAGGCCAUCAGCUAUUGCCAGCCUCCCACUCCUCGCCCUCCUCAAACUCCCCACCCCCCCAAGCCCCAGCCUACCUUGACGAUGAUGGGCUGCCAGUGCCCAUGGACGCCGUGCAGCAGCGUCUGCGGCAGAUCGAGGCGGUCUACAAACAGGAGGUGGAGGUGCUGCGGCAGCAGGUGCGACAGCUUCAGAUGAGACUGGAAAGUAAAGCAUACGGCACUCCACCCUCGGAGCCCGAGGUCGACUAUGAGGAUGACAUUACGUGUCUGCGGGAGUCAGACAACAGCAAUGAGGAGGAUUCUCUGUCAACACACAGCGAGGACUGCCUAUCCGAGGGCAGCUGGGAUAGGGUGGAGAGCAAGGACACAGAGGUGACAAGAUGGGUGCCCGACCACAUGGCCUCACAUUGUUUCAACUGUGACUGUGAGUUCUGGAUGGCCAAGAGACGUCACCACUGCAGGAACUGUGGAAAUGUGUUCUGCAAAGACUGCUGUCACCUCAAGCUCCCCAUCCCAGACCAGCAGCUGUACGACCCGGUGUUGGUCUGCAAUACCUGCUAUGACCUGUUACAGGAGUCCCGCACCCGCCAGAUCCGGAGCCAGCAGCUGAAGAAACCCAUCGCCACAGCCUCCAGCUGAGAGAGCGGUUGUGUGGAAGGGUCUGUCCCUGACGCUGUUCUCUCCAACAAGUCCUGACGCUGAAGACCGAGGAGCGGAGCAACCCCUCACCAACCCCUGUCUGCUGCGGUUUUGGCAGCGGCUCCAGACGAGAAAGAGUUGCUGCACGUCUUUAGAGGCUUAAGUUUGACAGUGGAAAUGCACUGAGAGACAAACUGACGUAUGGGCGAGUAAAAUGGCAACAUCUGUGGAGAACUGAGCAUCCGUGCGGUGGAAGAGGAGGCGAGCGGUGAGGAGCUUUCUUUAAAGAACAAACCCGUAAUGGACAGAGCUAUUACCUGUCUGGAGUGCUGCAGCGUCCUGCUGUCCAGAGGGGCCCGCCUUCCUCGGGGCGGCGCCCCGUCUCAGACACUCCUCACCCGGCGACCUCAGGGAGGGGGCUGCAUCUCAAACCUGUCCACCCACCACAGAGGAAUCACAAACACCUUUACUAUCAAACACCUACACCUACCCCUUCCCAAAGACACUGUCUCACACUUCUGAGGACAAUCUGUCACCUUCCAGCGUGUCGGCGACUCCAAAGCCUUUAACUGUUCUAUUGGAGGCUUUUCAACUUCAAAAGAAAAGAAUUGCUGCUGCAGUAUUUAAAGUCUAAUUUUGUAUUCUUAUUUUGUGCACUACAAGCUAUUGUGUGUCCGAGGGAAUUUGAGACCAAACUUGAGCAAAAGGGAGAAAUCUGCUGUUUACUUUCCCAACUUUUUGUCUUUUACGUCGGAGCCUGAAUGUAUUAUGGGAUGGGUAACUGGAAAGGCCGAGUUUGUCUGUGUGCUUUCGAUGGGUCAUCUACGUGUUCAUAGCUGCAACGUGUUUUCAAAAUGAUGUAUAUGCACAGCCAUUGUGUGUUUUCUGUCUUUCGGUGCCCCCCCCACCCCCCGCCCCUGCCCCAAAUAUAGCCCCUGUUGCAUCAUGAGAAUGGUUGGAGAAGUGACGUGGCCAGAGAGGUCGACACUGAAAGUUGUCCGUGGGCUGCGCAUUUGCCGCGUUCGGAUAGAGAAAAGACACAAAAUAAAGAAAUAAAAAGACCAGUAAUGUCUUGCGAGUUAACGCUGCAAGUUUUCAUAGGAGGGGGGGGGGUCACUUGAAUGUACAUAGGUUCGCCCUGCACGAUAGGAACGCUUUAGGAGGAACGGAUCACGGCUGCGUGGAAACUCGACUGACUUGAUGUUUCUUCUGCGGUAUUUUUCUUGAGAGUAAUGCUCCCGGGGGGGAAGACUGAAGAAAGUGCUUUGAUUAUUAUUAUUUUUUCCCCCCAUUCUUUCCUUUUUUUGGGGGGGGGGGGGGGUUUGGCCACAGUCCCCCACAAAUUUCUCUAUUGCGAAAAGAUCUGUGUUUAUGUCUAAUGGUUGUUUCCUUGAGACAAUGGUGCCAUAUAUUGUUUUUGUUUUGUAUUUUUUUAAAGCCUUUUUUAAUGGACGGUAGCAGGUUUCUAAUAUGCCACCUCUUGCUAUAUUUAAUGGUACAGAUAGCUAGCUGCUUAAUAACACGGAGAGAGACAACUAAAGUUGGACAGGGGCUGCUCUGUUUGAUAACCAGGCUAAUGAUACGGACGGAUGGAUGGAUGACCGGAUAAUUUCACUGAAUUAGUUAACCCGUGUGGUUAUCCAUUGCCUAAUAUUUGGGGUCUUUCAAAGCUGUGUACCUUUAAAGAGGAGCCCAGAAGUGUAAUCUUUAUAAUUAUCUGAUCUGUAGUGAUGGCAAAAUCCUGUCACUUAAUACUUGUUGUAAAGAAAUGCACUGUAAAAGUUAAAUCCCAUGGGUUGAAAUAAAAAGAUUCUAU